CUGCGAGUUCAUGGAAAUAGCCCUCCAUUCAAACUCCGUUCUAAGCAGCUAUGAUGAUUCGUGCUCUAUGUCUCCUCGCUUUCGUCGUAGGAAGCCUUAUUGAAGCGCUCCCAUCUCGCGUCCGUCGUGAGGACAAGAUCCAGCGAUAUUGUGCCAAGCAUCUCGAACACUACCGUAAAUUCUGCGAGAAUUCCGCCGAUGUCGACGGCUCAGCAUCGUCGAAACUGGCCAAGUUCUGUCCCGCAUACGAGAAGCACUGCUCGAUGUCGAAACGCGAUACCUCGUCGGACUCGUCCGACUCCGAGUUCGACAACCUAGUGGUGCCACCACCGCUGCCGAAGGGUAGCGAAUUCGCCGCCCUCGAUCUGCCAAUCGGCAGCCAGUCCAAGUCGGCACCGGCAGCGUCGAAGACCCGGCUCACAGCUGCGAUCAUUGCCAGCUGCACGCCCGAAUGCACGGCCGCUCACUGUACCGACGAAUGCAAGUGCGCGCACACGCAUCCGAAGGUGCACGCGAUGUGCAACCCGCCGUCGAACGCGCAGCUCGCUGACACGUGCCAGAAGUGGUACGCGAAGUGCCCGAUGUUCCAGCCGGUGCAAUACUACUAAGCACGCAGUGCUGUACGAGGGUAACAACUGUGCCCGAUUCAUGUAGUUUGCUGUAUAUACCUAUGACUAGACUCUAGUAGGGUGGGAGUGUUUCUUACUAGUAAUAUCUCAGAUAAUCACGUCUAUUACACCUUUGUGUUGUAUUUAACUGUUUACCUCAGCUUGCUGUAUCAGUCCCACCCUAUGUGAGAAGGACCUCAAUUUAACUUCGAGUGAUUCCUCCUUGUAUUAAGUACGAUCUCUCCAUCUCUCCGGUUCGCAAUACAGCUUUGAGAAAAGAACUUAUUACUCUCUACAUAGUUGCAUUGUACUCUGAUUACAAGUUGUUGCACCGAUUUCUCUUCACGAUCUGUUUGUGAGAUGGUUUUGGCUGGUACUAGCAGUUGAUGGAGAUGUAAGCAGUGAAAUCAGUGCACAGGUUAUGGACAUCAUUCCGUGAAUGCGCAUACCCUACUUUGAUCGAAUACACAAAUAAAUGUUGC